AUGCAGCGUACGCGGCCGGACGAUAAGGACGACACCCACACCGGGUGGACAUUUGUGGACCCAGCCACAACGCCUUCACUUGUUGGGCCUACAGGUCUCGGCUCGUACUCGUCCGAAGGCUGCAUCCCCGACACUGUAAACAACGCGCAGUUCGUCCGCGAUCUGUACGAAAAAUGUACGACCGAGAAAACCCCCUACUCCGUGCCAUUACUGUGGGACAAGAAGAAGAACACCAUCGUGUCGAACGAUUCCGCAGAUAUCGUGCGCAUGUUCAACAGCGGGUUCGCGGAUCUGGUGCCUUCGAAAAUCGAUCUGUACCCUGAAGAGCUCCGAUCGGAGAUUGACGAGAUCAACGACUGGAUCUACAAUGACGUCAGCCACGGCGUCUACAAGUGCGGCUUUGCCGGGACGCAGGAACUGUACGACGCCGCUGUCGAAAAAGUCUUUGCCGGCCUUGACCGCGCCGAGAAAAUCUUGUCGGAGCAUCGCUUUUUGGUCGGCGACAGACUCACGGAAGCGGAUCUGAAGCUCUUCCCGACUCUCGUGCGGUUCGACGAGGUCUAUGCCGUGCACUUCAAGGCCAGCAGGAAACUCAUCCAGCAGUAUCCGAACCUCAGCAACUACGCUCGCGACAUCUACCAGUUGCCUCGUAUGGCGGAAACGGUGGUGAUGCCGCAUAUUAAAACGCACUACUACGCUUCACACACGCACUUGAAUCCGUUCGGAAUUGUCCCGGCUGGUCCGAACGUCGACUUUACCCGUCCUCACGACCGCGACCGCUUCACAAACGCCGUUGUGCCCACCAUCGAGUAA